AUGUUGGAACAAAAAGGCAUUCCUUUAACAGAGGACAAUAACCCCAGCAACAACCACAGCGAUACCAAUGGCGAGUUUGUCCGACCUAGAGAAAAAGGAGAUGCAGAAUUCUAUAAAGAUAUUAUGAUCAACGACCUGAAAAAUCGAUACAUGUUAACUCGCGGUGCCACACAAUCACAAAUUCAACGUGAAACUGGUGCUGAUGUCACAACGCGCGGAAAGUACUAUCCCGACAAGAAUUUAGCCACAGACAAAGAACCACCUCUUUACCUUCACAUUACCGCGUCGACGCAGCAAGCCUUGGAUGAUGCGGUGGCAAAAAUUGAAGAAUUGAUCCAAACCGCCCAAGUUCCAUUGCCAGGCACUGGUUACCCGCCAAGGGAAGAACGGCGGCCCGAACGUAAAUUUUUCGAUACGAAAAUCUAUGUCGGCAUUGAAAGUAGCCCUUACUUUAAUCUUCGCGCCAAAAUCGUUGGGCCUCAAGGAUCUUAUGUCAAACACAUUCAAAAUGAGACCGGCAGUAGAGUGCAACUUAAAGGCAAAGGAUCGGGAUUCUACGAAACUGACACUGGAGUUGAAUCCGAAGAAGAUUUGCAUGUCCACAUUUCUUGUUCACGUCAAGAAGGCCUUGAUCAAGCGGUCAAGUUGACUCAAGAUUUGAUUGAUACUGUUAAACAGGAGCAUGAACGUGCGAGUCAAUACCCUCAUUACGGCCGAGGUGGCUAUGGUGGCCAUCACGGUGGCCGAGGCGGCUACCGCGGCGAGUACCGAGGCGAUUACCGACACGAUUACACUGGUGUAAGUUGGCAUUCUAAUGAGUCACAACAAUGA